CUUGAAGAUCGCUCUGUGGUCCCUCGAGAUGUAGUCAGACACAUGAGCUCCAGCGAUAGCCAAUGUGGAACUGUAAUUGAUGUCAAUAUAGAGUGUGCUGUGAAGCUGGUGGGAACCAACUGCAUCCUCUAUCCUGUCAACAGCAAAGACCUGCAACAUAUCUGGCCUUUCAUGUAUGGUGACUACAUAGCUUAUGACUGCUGGCUGGGCAAGGUCUAUGAUUUGAAGAACCAGGUCAUCCUCAAGCUUUCCAAUGGAGCCAGGUGUUCUAUGAGCACAGAAGAUGGAGCCAAACUGUAUGACAUUUGUCCUCAUGUCAGUGACUCGGGUCUCUUCUUUGAUGAUUCAUAUGGCUUUUAUCCUGGGCAAGUCCUCAUCGGGCCAUCUAAAGUCUUCUCCAGUGUGCAGUGGCUCUCGGGUGUGAAGCCUGUUCUGAGCACAAAGAGCAAGUUCAGAGUGGUGGUGGAAGAGGUACAAGUGGUAGAAUUAAAGGUCACUUGGAUCACUAAAAGCUUCUGUCCUGGAGGUACUGACAGUGUGAGCCCUCCUCCCUCCAUAAUCAGCCAGGAGAACCUGUCCAGGGUAAAGCGUCUGGGGUGCUUUGACCAUGCCCAAAGGCAGCUUGGAGAAAGGUGCCUCUAUGUGUUCCCAGACAAAGUGGAACCCGCAAAGAUCACCUGUGAAUGUCCUGAGAGAAACUGUGUCCUGGGUGAAGGAUCAGUUGCCAAAAAGGUGAGGCGGCUGCUGAAGAAGCAGAUAGUGAAGAUCAUGUCCUGCUCUCCGGAGUCUCAGGGUACCACCGAAGCCCCUGACAAAGAGCCUGCAGCAGCUGCCGACCAGAAAUCAGAGGAGCUGAAGCCUGGAUCAAAGUGUGAGCUGGAUGACUCUUCCAACAGCGCACCGAGUCCUGGGGAGAGGAAGGAGGAGCAGCCUGAAGAAACGGGGAAGGAGAAGGGGGGAGCAGCAGCACGACAGCAGCAGCCUCCCUUUCUGCUCAAGGACGAAGGGUCGUCUGACUACCGCCUUCAGUCUGUGGAGCAGGAUGCUGACGAUGAGGCAGCCGAUGACACGGAUGACACCAGCUCUGUCACCUCUUCUGCGAGCUCCACUGCCUCCUCCCAGAGCGGCAGCGGCACUGGCCGCAAGAAGAGCAUCCCUCUCUCCAUCAAAAACUUGAAGCGGAAGCACAAGAAGAAGAAGACCAAGAUUUCACGAGAGUUUAAGCCAGGAGACAGGGUUGCAGUAGAAGUGGUGACCACGAUGACUUCGGCUGACGUGAUGUGGCAGGAUGGCACAGUGGAGACAAACAUUCGCUCCAACGAGCUGAUUCCAGUCCAUCAUCUGGACAACAACGAGUUCUGCCCUGGGGAUUUUGUGGUGGACAAAAGAGCUCAGAGCAACCAGGACCCUGGGUUGUAUGGAGUCGUGCAGUCUGGUGACCAUAUCGGCCGUACCUGUGUGGUGAAGUGGUUCAAGCUGAAAUCCAGUGGAGAUGAUGUGGAGCUGGUCGGGGAGGAGGAGGACGUGAGCGUGUACGACAUUGCUGACCACCCAGACUUCCGCUUCCGCACCACCGACAUCGUCAUCCGCAUCGGCAACUCCGACGGGGCCACGGCCAACGAGGAUGAGCCUUCAGUCGGACAAGUGGCUCGUGUGGAUGUCAGCAGUAAAGUGGAAGUGGUGUGGGCUGAUAACUCCAAGACUAUCAUCCUCCCUCAGCACUUAUACAAUAUUGAAUCAGAAAUUGAGGAGUCAGACUAUGAUUCUGUUGACGGCAGCACCAGCGGGGCAUCCUCUGAGUGGGAGGAUGAAAGCGACAGCUGGGAGACAGACAAUGGCCUCAUGGAAGACGACCACCCAAAAAUUGAGGAUUUUGAGCCUGAGGAGCCAGCAGCAGAAGAGGUGAAAAAAGUAGAGGAACAAGUCCAAGGAGCUGUGGCUAUGGCAGUUGCAGAUCUUGCUGCAGAGAAAGCUGGCAAGGAUGGAGCCCCAAAGAGCUUCCGGGAACUAAAGGAGGCCAUCAAGAUCUUGGAAAGCCUGAAGAAUAUGACUGUGGAGCAGCUGUUGACUGGCUCUCCCACCUCACCAACUGUAGAGCUGGAAAAACCCACUCGGGAGAAGAAGUUUUUGGAUGAUAUUAAGAAGCUCCAGGAAAAUCUAAAGAAGACCUUGGAUAAUGUGGCUAUUGCAGAGGAGGAAAAGAUGGAAGCUAUGGUGGAGACGGAGAAGAAAGAAGAAAAAGCAGAGGCACAGACACCAGUGAGGUCAGAGUGGCCCAGUGAGACACCAGUGCUCUGCCAGCAGAGUGGAGGCAAGCCUGGAGUCACCUUCACCAGUGCCAAGGGAGAAGUCUUCUCCGUGUUGGAGUAUGCCCCAGAUACCCAUGCCUUCAAGAAGAUGGAGUUCCAGCCCCCAGAAGCAAAGAAGUUCUUUAGCACUGUACGGAAAGAGAUGGCUCUGCUGGCCACCUCCCUGCCCGAUGGCAUCAUGGUGAAAACCUUCGAGGAUCGAAUGGAUCUCUUCUCAGCACUUAUAAAAGGCCCCACACGCACACCCUACGAGGAUGGCCUCUUCCUCUUCGACAUCCAGCUCCCCAACAUCUACCCUGCUGUCCCGCCUCUCUUCCGCUACCUCUCCCAGUGCAGCGGGAGACUGAACCCCAACCUGUACGACAACGGCAAAGUGUGUGUCAGCCUCCUGGGGACCUGGAUAGGCAAGGGGACGGAACGGUGGACCAGUAAAUCCAGCCUCCUUCAAGUACUCAUCUCCAUCCAAG